AUGGUGCUUAACUACUUCAAGUUCGGCAGCAAUGCCCCUGCGAACCCCGAGGACCCCAAGCAGCAGCCUGUCCGCGCCCUGCCUGCCUCAUGGUAUAACACAAAGGAGAUGUACGAGUUCGAGCGUCGUGCCAUCUUCUCUAAACGAUGGCUGUUCAUGACGCACAAGGUCCGCCUCGCAAAUACUGGUGACUGGCUACGAUACACCUUCGCUGGCUUCGAUAUCAUUAUCAACAAGGACCGACAAGGGAACAUCAAUGCAUUCCACAACGUCUGCCGCCACCGAGCAUACCCCGUCAUUGAGAAGGAGGGCUCAGGCAAUGCGAAGAUCUUGGCAUGCAGGUAUCACGGCUGGUCGUAUGGACUGAACGGAAAGCUGGCGAAGGCGCCAGCCUAUGACGGAUUGGAGCUCAACAAGGAGGAGAACAGCUUGUUCAGGUGCCACGUCAAGAUCGAUCGCAACGGUUUCAUCUGGAUUAAUCUUGACGCCAACGAGGUCCCGGAAGUUCCGUGGGAGAAGCACUUCGACAACGUUGAUGUCCAGGACCGAUACGAAGGCAUCAACUUCGACGACUACGUCCUCGACCACUCGUACGAUAUCGACGGCGCAUACAACUGGAAGAUCCUCUCGGACAACUUCAACGAAUGCUACCACUGCCCUACCACCCACCCCGAUAUCCCCACCUUCCUGAACCUCGAAUCUUUUGACAGCGACCUCAAAGAUGGCCACAUCCAGCACCACUGCGACCCGAAACCCGAGCAGGUCGCGGCGGGUCUGCAUGCACACAGCACAUACUACUUCCCCAACUCAUCGAUGACGGUUGCCAGAGCCUUCAUCAUGAUCCAGAAGUUCAUGCCCAAUGGACCCAAUCAGUCUAAAAUGGCAUACGAGAUCUACCGCCACAAGAACGCCGAUGAAGAAUCUUUCAAGGCUAUCAGCGAGCCAUACGCUCGCGUGAUGAACGAGGAUAAGGUUUUGUGCAUGGGCCAGCAAAGCAAUCUGGAUCGCAAUGUGUUCACAAACGGCCUGUUGCACCCCAAGUGGGAGAAGGCACCCAUCUUCUUCCAAGCCGCAGUCAGGGGAGGCUGUUACCGAGCACUACGAGAAGGAGAAGGCGGUAGGUAG